AUGGCGACAAUUCCAGUAGAUUAUGCCAUAACCAAAAUAGUGGCCCUCCUUGAGAAUGAAGUUUCGUUGUUAGGAAGAACUCGGUACGAGCUUCAUGAAAUCAAGCAAGAACUGAUGAGCAUGAAAUCCUUUCUGGUCGAUGCCGAUAAUAGAAGGGUAAGCACGGAAAGUGAGAAAACUUGGGUCGAAAACGUGAGAGACAUAGCCUAUAAUGUGGAAGACAUCAUCGAUGAGAUCAGUUACCAUAUGAACUGGCCACAAUCAGAUAAUAAGUUCACACGGUUCCUGCAGAAUACCAUUCAAACUCCUCAGAACAUGUGGAUGAGACAUUGUGUCGGGAAGAAGCUGAUUAGGAUCAACAACAAGAUAAAGGCAAUCUCAGAGCGGCGGCAACGCUAUGGUGUCACUAGCAUAGAAGGGACACAUUUACAGGAUGAGCAAAAGUGGGGGCUUAACCGUGGCGAGUCAUCUUUAUUUAUUAGUGGCAGCGAGCUUGUGGGGAUUGAAGAUGACAAAAAAUCAUUGCUAAAAUGGUUAACAGAUGGAGAACCACAGCGCAAAAUUGUUUCAGUUGUUGGGAUGGGUGGCUCCGGCAAGACAAGUGUCGUUGCCCAAGUCUAUAACAAUCCAGGUGUGAAGCAACAUUUUGAGUCUUAUGCAUGGAUAUCUGUGUCCCAAACUUUUGUGAUUGAAGACUUGCUGAAAAGCAUGAUCAAAGAAUUCUACCAAGCAACGAGGGAACUGAUAACAAUGGAUCUCAGCUAUAUGAGCUACAGACAGCUUGUAGAGAUACUUGUUAAUUUCUUGAAGUCAGUAAGGUAUCUUAUUGUUUUAGAUGAUGUAUGGCAUACGAACCUCUGGCCUGAAAUUCAAUUGUCACUUCCUGAUGGGAACUGCGGUAGUCGGAUUUUGCUUACAACCCGGAAAAGAGAUAUUGCUUUCUCUUCUUUUGGUGUUAGAAGCCAUGUUCUCUUUAUUCAACCAUUGCAAGAGGAGGAGGCAUGGAUUUUGUUUUGCAUGAAAGCCUUUUCGAGCAAUCAAAAUAAAUGUUGCUCUCCAGAAAUCGAAGCCUUGGCCAGGGACAUUGUGGGCAAAUGUGGAGGCUUGCCUCUGGCAAUUGUUGCUUUGGGUGGUCUCAUGGCAUCCAAGAAAUUGGAAAUCGAGUGGAGAAGGGUUUGCAAUAGCUUGAAUUGGGAACUAAGCAAUAAUCCAAUACUAGAAACAGUGAAGAAGGUAUUGCUGCUAAGUUUUCAUGAUUUGCCAUACCAGCUUAAGCAAUGCUUCUUGUAUUGUUCAAAUUUCCCAGAAGAUCAUUUCAUUCGACGUAAGAGACUGGUUAGACUAUGGAUGGCAGAAGGGUUUAUAGAAAAGAUCAAAGGGCUAGCACCAGAAGAUGUUGCUGACAGCUACCUCAUGGAGCUGGGUCACCGAAGUAUGCUUCAAGUUGUGCUGACUCCAUCUGGCAAGCCCAAAGGAUGUAAGAUGCAUGAUCUAUUGCGAGAACUUUCUCUUUCAAUCUGUGAACAACAGAACUUUUGUCAAGUGUAUAAAGGCACGGAAGUGGUGGAAGAGAUCAGAGCACGGCGCUUAUCUGUCCAAGCAAGUGACAAGAAGUUAGAAUCAUGGGCAAGCAUGUCUCACCUUCGAUCCCUUUUUAUGUUUGUCAUUGGUGCUCCUUCUAUGUCAUCCUUACAUUCAAUUCCGUCAGGAUUUAGGCUCUUAAGGGUCUUAGAAAUGGAGUUUGUCCCAAUUAAGAUUCUGUCGGAGGAAAUUGGAAAUUUAUUCAAUUUGAGAUACUUGAACUUGAAGGGGACUUGUAUAGAUGAGCUUCCGAAAUCCAUUGGAAGACUUCGCAACCUAGAGACCUUGAACCUUUAUCAGACAAAAGUGAGGGCACUGCCAAAUGGAAUAGCGAGGCUGCACAAGUUGAGGUAUUUGAUCGCAUCGUACUACAAUCUUGAGUUAGUUGAUGAUUUCAACUACAUAAGUUGGACAAAGGCACCAUCAGGAAUUGCUAAGUUGAAGAAUUUGCGAGUACUACAUUUUGUGGAAGUGAAAGGAAAUAUGUGCAGAUAUGUCCGAAAUUUGACGCAACUCACAUGCUUGGGCAUAUUAAAGGCGAGAGAAGUGGAUGGAAAGGCAUUAUGCUCAUCGAUAGAAAAUAUGAGUCUCCUCUGUCACUUGGCUAUAAUGGUUUCAAAGGAUGAUGAAGUUCUUCAUCUUGAUACAAUAUCAUCAACUCCUCCCCAGUUAACAAGGCUUAAUUUGGUUGGAAUGUUGGAGAAGGUUCCUCUUUGGUUCCAAUCACUUCGAAGUCUGACAACUUUGUCUUUAAGUUGGUCCAGACUGAAUGAAGAUCCACUUCCGUACAUACAGUCAAUGCCCAAACUUCGGAGGCUUACCCUUAUAAAUGCAUAUGGAGGGAAAAAGUUACAUUUUCUUGCAGGCUUUCUUUCAUUAAAGAGUUUAAUCUUGCGUAAUAUGCCUCAGCUGGAAGAAGUUGUUAUAGAAAAGGGAGUGAUGCCGGAAAUCCAGAACCUAUGGCAUAGCAAAUGUAUGGCAUUAAAGAUGCUACCUCAGGGCAUCGAGCAUCUCAGUCAUCUCCAGCACGUGUUUUUGGCAAAUGUUUCUGAAGAACUCGUAGAGCGGAUACGUGGGGAAGACAGUGUCGAUCAUCCGAAAGUUAGGCACAUCCCGAAGAUCAGCCAUUACUACCAAACAUCAGCAGAAUGGUUGUGUGAAAGCUUGUCCUAG